UAAAAAGGCGUGACGGUGGCCGAGUGCGCACAGGGCGCCGGACGGUGGCCGACGAGGUCCGACAUGAAUCAUGUGGAGCGCUGCGCUUCGUUCCUCCGGUGUACGCUGGUGCGGGUGGCCGUACGGAGCUACCUGCCAUGGGGGUUGCUGUCCUCCACGCUGGUGGGUUCCCUCCUCAAGGAGGUCUCCCCACUGCCCGAGAGCUACUUCAGCAACAAGCGCAACAUCCUCAACAUGUAUUUCGUCAAAUUGGCCUGGGCCUGGACCUUCUGUCUCCUCCUGCCCUUCAUCGCGCUCACCAACUAUCACCUGACGGGCAAGGCCGUCCUAGUGCUGCAACGCUUGUUCACCCUGCUCGUGGGCACGGCCAUCUGGUACGUGUGCACGGCCAUCUUCUCCAGCGUGGAGCACUACACGGGCAGCUGCUACCAGUCGCCCGCCCUGGAGGGCCUCCGGAGGGAGCACCAGAGCAAGCAGCAGUGCCUCGGCGCCGGCGGCUUUUGGCACGGCUUCGACAUCUCAGGCCACUGCUUCCUGCUGACCUUCUGUGCCCUCAUGAUUGUGGAGGAGAUGGCCGUGCUGCACGAGGUGAAGACGGACCGUGGCCACCACCUCCACACCAUCAUCACCACCCUGGUCGUCGCCCUGGGCUCGCUGACCUUCAUUUGGUUGUGGAUGUUUCUCUGCACUACCGUUUACUUCCACAACUGGUUCCAGAAAGUGUGCGGCACCGCCUUCGGCCUGCUGGGGUGGUACGGGACGUACAGGUGUUGGUAUCUGAAAUCUUUUUCCCCAGGACUGCCCCCCCAGGGCUCCAGUUCGCAUCUGAAGCAAGACAGUUACAAGAAAUAAAAGAGAAACAAAAGGAGUGACCGUAGGACAGUGGUUCAUACAUUUUUCAUGUAUCUUCUUAGUUAUUUGACUAAAGUAUGGACCCCCCUGCAGGGAGGAGGCUCACCAGGCAGUUUGGGUGGGGGCGGGAGAGUCUGCGAGCAAGCUCAGUCCCCGAGCUGCUCUCGGUGGCGGCACAGGCACCACCGCUUCUAGUUUGGCACUUUUUGUCCCGGCAAUGCUUGACCUUGAUCUGGACUGUCCCUUUUGUCCCCAGAGGGCAAGGCUAAGGCUCAGUGAGAGGACAGAACUGGGGAGGCCAGGGCCUCAGACUCCUCUGCUGCCAUCGCUCUCUCCCUGAUUCUAAUUGGGUUUUUGUUUGUUUCUCUGUUUGUUUUAAUGGCUGUGAAUGCUGUUAUUUAACCAUAUUGCCCUCUGGCAAAAACAACCAGCUGUUGCCUGAAAGCCACUCUGUGGUUUCAGUGUUGGUGUCAUCCGCGGAAUGUCAACCGUCACACUGGACUUGUGAUUAGCUACCAGAGCAGCUAAACUGAGUGCCUCUGUGACUGAAUGUCGGAUGAGUUUCAGGUAAUGAACAGUGAUAGAUAACGCUUUCAUCCGUCUAUUAUUUAUUGGUGUUUGGUGCAAUAAGGUUAUAUUUUUUUCCUUCCAAUUUGAAUGAGUGCUUUAUGAUUUUUAAUAACCAUAGCAUUUGUUGUUUGUCGACAAAACUGAAAAUAACUCACAUCUCCACUGUUGUACUUUGGCACACGUGUAGAUUGCUUUGAGGGGGUUUUUUUUUAGAACACUUACUUUUUAUAAACUAAACUCUUGGCUGAUGGCAUUAAAUUCCACCUCGUGGGGCUAUUUUCUUUGUAAGAAGCUUUCCUCACCGCACGUCCCCAGUAUAGACUGACCAGUGUUUCAGGAGGUCUGCUGUGGCCCAAGGAGUUUCUACCUUUUGGAUAAGAUUGUGAUGAGUGAGCAGUGAAAGAAAAUGCCCUCCAUUGCCUUUGAUGGCGGGGAAACUAAGCUGUUUGCAAAGAUGUCCUUAUCACCUGGCCCCACCCUCCUCUUAUCCGUACCACCAUCAGGGCCUAUUGUCCUGGUCUACCCAUUCUGUCCCCUUGUGGCCCUUCUCAGUUUCCCACCUGUCAUUGUGUGGUCUUUGCUGGGAGCGUGCUGGGAGGGGCUAGAAAUCCCAUCACUCCCCCCGUCACACAGGCGCAGUUACAUCCCUUGUGAUAAGAUACCCCCUCCCCUUCCCCGCCUGUUUCCUUAAGCCUUUCAAACUGAGCACCUUGCAUUUUGGAUACUCAUCCCUGAAGCUUCUUUGAUGCCCCCCUCCCCCCAGUUAAGCCUGAGAAUAGCAAACUGAUAAAUACUCCUUAACUCCACUGGCUUUACUCACGUUUUGGUUGUUAAGGGCUUGAGCUCUGGAAAACCUUCAGGGUAAAUUGCAUUUCAUGUAAUGAUGUAUUUAAAAUAUGUAGUUCGUACUCCCUUUGUAUCCAGUUGAGCUGCAAGUUACCUUGUGAGGUGAGUUACCUUGUACCCAAAGAAGGUAGCAGACACAGCAGCAAUGAGAUUUCGGAGGUGCCACCCUGGUGCUUUGGAAGCACUGGCAAAAGGCAACGUCCCCACGAGAUUUUUUUGGCCCUCGGGAGUGGGAAGGGGGUGGAAGUGGGGGUGGGAAGUAGAUGGUGGGAGCUUGUGGAAGGGAUUGAAAUCUCCAAAGUUUCGUGUUCAACACCAAAAGCCAAUGGGCACGGGGUGACCCUGGAAGUUCAUUUCUCGUACUUCCAAUCUCUCAGUCUUUUUCAUCUGGGUCCGAUUCAAGCUCAGCAUCCAAUUAACUCCGCAGAAAGAGUCUGUCACCGAGCCUCGUACGUUGAUUAAUCUCCCACUGCUUCCUGUCCAUGUUAGCACCCUUGCCUUUUCCUGGGGGGCGUGCUCUCUGUCCCUCUGUGAGACAGUUUGGUGGAGCUGUGUUCGGGCUUAGGCAAACUUGAGAUGUGGGUUCAAAACCGGGCACCACUACUGAGAGCUGCCUGACCAUGGGCAAGCUUCGUUCUCCUCAUUUGUAAAAUGGAGAUGAUGCUUUAGGAUGAAAAGACAUGAUGCAUGUACAAUGCCCAGCAGAGGUAAAGUCCCCCGCCCCUUUUUCUUGACUAAGCCCUUUAAAGCUUUCUGGCUCCUCCAGAGAAGGCAGGGGGAUUAACAUCUUUUGAGUGUCAUGGGGGGGUCUCUGUCUCCUGCCAAAAUGGUCUCGUGCUGUCUUUUGGAGAGUGUCUUGUCCCCCAGCCCGUCUGAGGACAUCUGCGAUCACAGAACACUGCCGCGCUUUUUUUGCCUUUCUUUGUUGAGGCUCAUUCACCGACGCCUCAUCUUCCCCGUGCAUCUGUCAUAGUCUGAGCACCAGACUGUAUUUAGAGAAUGGCUCUUGCCACUGUUAUAUAUACGCAGAUCGUGUGUGUAAACAAGCAAAUUAAGUAAACUGGAGAUAAUGAAAUCCCACA